AUGGAAUCUUUUGAUGAAGACUUAAAUAAUCUUAAACUUCUGGAUCUCUCUUAUAAUAAACUGCAAAAUAUUAUAAAUGAACACUUAAUUCAUUUGAAAGAACUCACUGUAUUAAAUCUAUCUUUUAACAACAUUAAAUACCUAUCAGCUACUGCAUUUAAUAAUUUAAAUAAAGUAACACAAAUAGACUUAGAGCACAAUAAACUUCAAACUAUACCUUUGGAAUUACUCACAUCGAUCGAAAAUCAUGUUCAAAAUAUAUCAAUCAAAGAUAAUGUCAUUAUUUGUCGUUGCCAAAAAAAUAAUACUUGGACUUGGAUACAAGACCAUCCUAAAAUAAUAAAACCAUACUCAGUUAUUUGUUUUAAUGAUGACUAUCCAAAAGAAAAAUGUGAUUUUCCCUUAAUUGUCCAGUUAUCCGUUGAAAAACAUAAUGAUAAUUCUGUUUUAGUCUCAUGGUUAAUAAGGAAUCGCACAGCAAUAAAAGCUUUAAAAAUAUUGUACUACAGUGAUAACGUAGAUUCUGAUGUUAAGUUGAAAGAUAUAGACAAAUAUUCAAUGUCAACACUGAUAACUAAUCUACAAUCGAAUAUAAAUUAUAUCGUAUGCGUACUAACAAUGUACGAUAAUCCCGUAUUAAAUUUUGAAGAAGAUGGAUUAGGGGAAUAUAACGGAACAGAUUUGGAAUCCAAUAUCACUUUAAAGAUGAGUCGCAAUUUUGCAGCAUCUCUGAUCUCGCAAUCACCGGCAAGUGAAUGUGUUUCUUUUGAUACCAUAAGAAAAAUUUCGAAUGUGAAAAUUAAACCGAAUAAAGGAUUUAAAAUAUCUUCUAUUUUAAAUAGACGCACAGGGUUGAUAGUAGGAUGUUGUUUAGGGUUUAUAGUAUUUUUUGUCAUGGUCACUAUUUUAUUGUACACUAAAUUUAAAGAGAGAAAACGUAUAGCCAAAUCGGAUCCGGCGUGGGCGGAAAUGAAUGACUACCAUUCUUUACAGAGUAAGGAAGAUAUCUUACAAAAUUCAACAACCGCAUCCACAGAUAAUAUAUUGUUAGGAAUGACAAAAAAUCGUACUAUAUCUUUUGACAAAAUGAAA